CCCCCCGCCGCUACCAUCCCCCGAUCAGCCUCCUCUCACCAAUGCACCGACACUUCCACCGCCGCCGCCACUAUUCCCCGAUCGAAAUCCGACAACACCGCGGAUCGCGGCACCAAGCAUUGCAAGUCAUCCGUUGUUCCCAUUCGCGACAAUGACAACGGUUUUCUCGUGAAUAAUAAUAUUAAUAUUAAUAGUAGUGUUAGUGGUAGUCAUUCUGUGAAUAAUAGGAUUUGUGUGAGUGUAUCUGAGGAGGGUGGAAAUGGGGAGGGGAAUGUGGUCGAUGAAGUGGAGCAAGCGUGUACGAUUAGGGAUUUGGACAAUGGGAAGGAGUUUGUGGUGAAGCGGGAUGGGGUGUGGAAUGAGGUUAAGGAGGUGGGGACUGGAAGGCGUUUGACUGUGGAGGAGUUUGAGAUGACGGUGGGGCAUUCUCCGAUUGUUCAGGAGCUAAUGAGGAGGCAGAGUGCGGAGGAAGGUGGCGAUGGGGACGGCGUGGAUGGAGAAGGUGAUUGUGGGAAUGCUGGUGGUGUUGAUGAUGAAGGGGAUGGUGGCAAAGUGAGGAGAAAAGGUGGGUGGUUUAAGUUCAUGAGUUUGAAGAGUGUUGUGGUGGGUCAGAAGGAGAGGAGAAGUGGCGAUGAGAGGGAUACGUCUUCCUCAGAGAAGGCGGGUGGCCGGAGGUCAAGCUCUGCCACCGACGAUAGCCAGGAUGGUGGUAAUGGUUUGGCUCAGGGGGGUGAGAGAGUGAGGGUUAGACAGUAUGGGAAGUCUUGUAAGGAGGUUACAGGGCUUUAUAAGAGCCAGAAGAUUCAGGCUCAUGUUGGAUCCAUUUGGAGCAUUAAGUUUAGUUUGGAUGGGAAGUACCUUGCUAGUGCCGGUGAAGAUUGUGUGAUUCAUGUUUGGCGUGUUCUGGAGUCCGAGAGGAAGGGCGAGUUACUCGUGGAGAAACCGGACGAUGGGAAUUUAAACAUGUUGUUUGUUGUUAAUGGGUCGCCGGAGCCUUCUUCUCCUGGCAUGGAGAAUAAUUUGGAAAAGAAGAGAAGGGGGAGGUUGUCUGUCAGCAGAAAAUCGUUGAGCGUGGACCAGUUAGUAGUGCCGGAAACUGUGUUUACUCUCACUGAAAAACCGGUUUGCACCUUUAAGGGUCAUCUCCAAGACGUGCUUGACCUUUCUUGGUCCAAGUCUCAGCACUUGCUCUCAUCUUCGAUGGACAAAACUGUGCGCCUGUGGCAUUUGUCUGACAAGUCUUGUCUGAAAGUUUUUGCACACAGUGACUAUGUAACUUGCAUCCAGUUUAAUCCUGCGGAUGAUAGAUACUUCAUCAGUGGAUCUUUGGAUGCCAAGGUUCGUAUUUGGAGCAUACCUGAUAGACAAGUUGUUGAUUGGACUGAUCUACAUGAGAUGGUCACUGCUGCUUGCUAUACGCCAGAUGGUCAGGGUGCACUAGUGGGUACUUACAAGGGUAGCUGUCAUUCAUAUAAUACAUCUGAAAAUAAGUUACAACAGAAAAGUCAGAUAAAUUUGCAGAACAGGAGAAAGAGAUCAAACCACAAGAAAAUUACUGGCUUCCAGUUUCUGCCAGGAAGUUCAUCAGAAGUCCUCAUCACUUCUUCUGAUUCUCGGAUUCGACUUGUUGAUGGCAUUGAUCUAGUUCACAAGUUUAAAGGAUUUCGCAAUGCAAAUAGCCAAAUUUCUGCCUUCCUCACAGCAAAUGGUAAAUAUGUUGUCUCAGCAAGUGAGGAUUCUCAUGUAUACAUAUGGAGGAACGAAGCUGAUUGUAGACCUAGCAGGGGUAAGUGUGUUACCAUGACAAGCACAUAUGAACAUUUUCAUUGUAAAGAUGUGUCAGUGGCCAUUCCUUGGCCAGGUAUGGAUGACUCAUGGGAGAUGCAUGAUCCGUACUUUGGAGAAGAACCUGAGCUUGAUGAUAAUAGGGAUGAGGAGGUCUCAUCAGCCAAUCAUCCUCCUACCCCUGUGGAGGAAACUUUUGGUUCCGAGGGUUCACAAUUUGCUUCGGGUUGCAAUAAUAGUCCACUUCAUGGAACCAUUGCAAGUGCAACAGAUAGUUAUUUUCUUGAUAGAAUUUCUGCGACGUUGCCUGAGGAAAAACUUUUGACUACAAGGGACCCUAGCGCUCAGGCAAGUGCGGAUUUAUCUUAUGGAGUAAAUAAUAAUAUGUCAGCAUGGGGUAUGGUGAUUGUAACUGCUGGCCUUCAGGGGGAAAUUAAAAUUUUCCAAAAUUUUGGAUUGCCUCUUGGUAUAUAAGAGAUUAUCCAAAAUUCAUGCCUAUGAUCAUGGGAGAGUUGAAGUUUUUAACUCAAGAAAAAGAUAAGUGGUGGGGUUGUUGUAGUGUUGUGAUGUCGAAUUUCACAUUCUCCUUUAGUUAGAACUGUACAGAAGAGGUGUUGGGUGAGAUAGCAUAAGAUAAGUUCCAUUUGUUUCUUGUUCUAUUGAAUAUUGGAUGAGAUAUGUUGUCAUUUCAAUCAAGCAUUUGGGGGGACAUAAAAGAGCAAAAAAUGGGGUAAAAGUCAUUGAACAAAAGAGAAAAGAAAAAGAAGGUUCACCUGGAAUUUGGAAACCGGUGGAUUUAUUGUAAUGGGAAAAUGUAGAGAUUAACGACCUUGGGAAAAGUUUGUUGAAUUACAUAUGAUGAUUCUUUUACAUUUGUUAAUAUUAAUGUUGUUAUGUAACUUU